GUGGGUCGUCACCGAGCCUCGGCACGGACUCGAGCGAGGGGCGGUCGUCUUUCCCGGGGCGGGGAUGCCGAGCCCCGGAGAUGCUGGGCUCCACCACGUGCCUGGAGCGAACCCUGGCCCGCGAGGGCCCGCGGCGGUGCUGGUCAGGAGGACGCCGUUCCAUGAGAGGGACAAACUCAUGCAGAGUAAGAGCGUCGCCGAUGCCAGGCCCAUGCCGAUCGAGGUGGUCGGAGACAGACGCCAGCGGAGGCCCAGGAGGCAGGCGGUCGAGCUUGGCGUCGUGACCCCCCUCUCGGCCUGGCCGAUCCAGGGCCCCAGGGCCGUCGCGUGGGCGAUGCGGUUCCUCGAUCGACGCGGAGGCGGGCCUUGAGAUCAUCACACGUGGUGGCGCACGGUGAACCGACUUCAAUGCGGAGACUGGGGGGCCGAGGUCCACGAUGACGGGCUGCAGACGUGGGAGAUGGCCGCGAGCUUCGAUGCCCUGGAGAUCGCCAACGGCGCUUGCCAUGAGAUCUUUGCGAGGGGGCGCCAGCUCGUCGAGCACGCGUACUCUCGCGAACCUCUCUGGGAAGGUCCACCCCUUCAACCUGGACUGGCCGCACGACUUCUGCCCCUGCCUCGAGAACGGCCGCCCGGGCUGCGUGCAACAUGAGUGGAAUGAUCUCCUGGAGCGAAACCAUAAGCAGUGCUCACAAUGUCAUCGCCAGAUUCGUUUCCACGUCAGUCGCUCCAAGUCCCCAGCCAGCGGCAAAGGCAAGAAGCAGGUCUGUUUCGAUGAUUGCAGCACCGCCCAGCAGAGCAGCGGCGGGAACCCUAAGCCCAUCUUGAAGCAUGACACCACCGCCGUGCAGGACAACUCGGGGGCACUCGAGCACUUGGCGAAGGCUAUCAAGGUCACCACCGACCCGCUCAUCAAGAGCGCCCUGCAGACAGAGUGCGCCAAGCUCGCCAGUUUGCGCCUCCAGCAUGCCGCUGCCCAGGACACUGCAGCGGAGGCGGUGCGCAAGGCAGACUCGGCCUGGCGUGAGGCGGACACCAAGCACACCCAGGCGGUGAACGCGGUGGAGAAAGAGAAGGCAGCCGCUCUUCUCCUGGCCAGCGCGGCGGCCACCAAGCAGGAUGCGGCCCGCCGUCUCGCGCAGGCCGAAUGA